GUAAAACCGACACUAAAACGUCCCGACCUACAAAUCACCCGGCCAAAUUAUGAGUUCAUUGUAUUAUGCGAACGCUUUAUUUUCUAAAUAUCAAGCCGCAAGUUCGGUUUUCCCAUCCGGAGUGUUUCCCGAGCAAACUUCUUGCGCUUUCGCCUCCAACACGCAGCGAGCGGGGUAUGGGGCCGGAUCCACGCCUCCCUUCGCCGCUUCCAUGCCCGGGCUCUACUCCAGCGGCAGCUCCGUGCACCCCCAGCCCCCCCCCGGCAUGUACUCCUCGGGGUACGGCCUGGAGCCCGGCUCAUUCAACAUGCACUGCUCCCCUUUCGAGCAGAACCUCUCCAUGAUGUGCGCGGGGGACGCCUCCAAGCAGAACUGCAGCAAAAGCGACCAGAGGGACUCGGAUUUGCAGGGCGACAGCAAUUUCCGUAUCUACCCCUGGAUGAGGAGCACAGGAACGGACAGAAAACGCGGCAGGCAGACCUACACCAGGUACCAGACCCUGGAGCUGGAGAAGGAAUUUCACUACAAUCGCUACCUGACGAGGAGGAGGAGGAUCGAGAUCGCCCACGCGCUCUGCCUGACCGAGCGCCAGAUCAAAAUCUGGUUCCAGAACCGCCGCAUGAAGUGGAAAAAGGAAAAUAAAAGCGCCUGCCCCGGCUCCAGCGGGCAGGAAAAACCAGACGCCGAGGAGGACGAGGAGGAGUGA